AAAGCCUCGGUAUUUCACAUGUUUUAAAUAAAAAGUCCUUCCAAUUUAAGAAAUACAUAGAUUUUAAAUCCAAAAAGUGUGACUACAACAAUGUCUGCAAAUUUGACGCGUUGGUUGGAGCGCAGUUUACAUAAUUGCCAUGCGACUCAAAGUAGAACCGCUUUGCGACUAUUUAGUGGGCAGCAGCAACAGCAACAACAACAGCAGCAAGAGGUGGAAGAGGAUGAAGAAUUUCGAGUGCUGAACUUGCGUGCUGUCAAGAAACAGGUUGCUGCGAGACGUGAGAUAAAGCGAGACCCUGUUCCACCACCGCGAAGCAAUCGCAUGGCUGUGGAUCAGGAUUGGACAGCGGCAUGGCCCGGACCACGUUCAUUUCACCCAGCCAGCGUUCCACUGCCCUUACGCCAGGGCUACACGGAACGCGGUGCUGCUGCCCCUUCGAAAUUUGCUAAUGCGGAGUUGAUGAAAAUACCAAAUUUUUUGCAUCUAACCCCGCCGGCUAUACGUCAGCAAUGCGAGGCAAUUAAACAAUUUUGCACACCUUGGCCAAAGGGCCUAGAGACGGAGGAAAAGUGCAAGCAUCAUUUUCCUGUGGAGGUCGUCACAACAGACUUCUGUCACAGUUUGCCCACAAUACGUAAUCCGGAGGCACGUCGCGUUACAGUUUCGCUUAAGCUCUCCGAAUUAAAGUUCGAUGCACAUGCAAAAGAUAAGUUUCUGCGACUUGUGGGCGAGCGUUACAAUCAGGAGACAGACGUAUUAACCAUUGUGGCAGAUCGGUGCCCAAUGCGCAAACAGAACUAUGAUUAUGCCUUGUACUUGCUGACGGCUUGCUAUCAUGAGUCCUUCAUAACUGAACCCUGGGAGGAAACCAAAUCCGAGGCAGAUAUGGAAGUGUAUCACUUUGAACGCAACAAGGCCAAGCUUUCGGCCGAGGCCAUACUCAACUGGAACGAGGCGGCAGGUGAGACUAAAGUGGCGCCGAGUCAAGGCUAUGCGAAAUCUGUGGAACAAUUAAUAAACGAGGGCGAAAACGAGUAUAAUAUAGCGAAAUAUAAGAAGGAAGUGUUGAAAAUGCUUAACAUACCCGUAGCCAAUUAAGAACUUUUGUAAAACCCAGUUUCUUUAUGUUUGUUAAAUAAAUGAAAAUAAAUCACAAA